CGCCCGAAGCCCUCAACGCAGUCACCUCCUUCGCGCCUUCAGCAGCGUCGCGACCUCAGCAGCUUCGCGACCUCAGCAGCUUCGCGGCCUCAGCCUCCGUCGCGCCCUCAGCCACUUCGCCGUCAGCGUCUGCCUCAUUUCCAGAGAACGAUAAUCAGCAGCCACAACAUGGCUCUUCGAAUUCCCUGUAACUGCUGCAUUCCAUUCUCAAACCACCAAUCUUCCGCUUCUAACGCUUUCUACACCGCUGCUUUCACAAACCGCCGCAAGUCCACCUCGGCGGCGAGGGCGGAGCUCCGGACGCAGGUGGAUGUGACCGCCCCAACUGCUUACUCGUCACCGUCCGGUGAGGUUCCUACUCACAAGGUCACCGUCCAUGAUACACAAAGAGGAAUUGUUCACGAGUUCGUGGUUCCUGAGGAUCAGUAUAUAUUACACACUGCUGAAUCUCAGAACAUUACCCUUCCGUUUGCCUGCAGGCAUGGUUGUUGUACUAGCUGUGCUGUACGUAUAAAGAACGGACAGAUUAGACAGCCAGAGGCACUUGGGAUAUCUGCUGAAUUGAAAGAAAAGGGCUAUGCACUUCUUUGUGUGGGGUUCCCAUCCACGGACGUUGAAGUAGAAACGCAAGAUGAAGAUGAGGUAUAUUGGCUUCAGUUCGGACGGUAUUUCGCCCGAGGACCAGUGGAGAGAGAUGACUAUGCCUUGGAGUUGGCCAUGGGCGACGAGUAAGUAAAACAAUGUAAAAUCUGAGAACCAUUGGAGCACACAAUGCGGAAUUUUCUGUUUUCCCUCUCUUUUUACAUGGUUCUAGCCUUGAAUAUUUGCACGUCAAGUAAAAUCCCCAAUCCUUCCUCUCUUAAAAGUAGUGGACUGUUGUCAUUAGCAUAGUAUACAAAUGUAGGUAAUCUUCAUGCAUAUCUCUGUCAUCGUGGUUUGUGUAAAUUAGUAUUCUAAUACUUGAUUAUAUAUCGCCGCGUAUCAAAUUUUAAAGGUCCUUUAGUCAUAAA